GCCUUCCUCUCCCUCCGACACAUCCCUCCCCCAGGUUCAGCGAAAGCGCUGGGUGUCAGGCAGUACAGAGUACAAUGUGGAAGAGUUCGGAGAGAGUGCUGCUGGGUGUAUGUCGGGAGUUGUGAUCUCCUAACAUUAGGCGGAAUAGAGGGGUCAUAUUCCAAUCUGAGGUUGUGAGAGGCUGACAUAAAACUAGUUUAAUGCAUGUCUGAGGAGGAGACGUACCAUUUCUCUUGUUUUAAGCCCAUUGCAAACUUUGUGGGAAGUGGAAGGGAAGGUCGUAAGCAAGUCAUGGCUCUGGGCAGGGGAGUCUGCUGGGUGCAGCCUGUGACUGGAAUACUUGCCCUGCUCGGGAUCUCAGUGACCAUCCCACCCUUACUAGUGGCAGAGACCCUGGCAGGGGAUGGAUGUGGACAUGUAAUGCUGUAUGAAGAGAGUGGGACUCUAGCAUCCAAGAAUUACCCUGGAACAUACCCCAACCAAACACUUUGUGAAAUAACCCUUAAAGUUAAAACUGGCAAAAACCUCUAUAUUAUGCUGGCAGAUGUUGACAUAGAAUCAAGGGACUGUGAAUCUGCGUAUCUGAAAAUCUUUAAAGGAACCUCAUCUGAGGAGAUAGCUAGUUACUGUGGGGAUCAAAGCACAAUACCUAAGGAAAUCUUUUUGAACACCAAUAAAGCCACCAUCCGUUUUGAGAGUGGAAUACAUGUGUCUGGACGUGGAUUUUUGCUCAACUACGCAAGCAGUGAUCAUCCAGAUCUGAUUACAUGCCUGGCAAGAUCUAAUCAUUAUAAAGACAAAGACUACAGCAGGUACUGUCCAGCUGGUUGCAAAGAUGUAGCUGGGGACAUCUCGGGAGAUGUGGUGGAAGGAUACAGGGAUACCUCCUUGCUCUGCAAAGCUGCAAUUCACGCUGGAAUUAUUGCAGAUGAACUUGGAGGACAGAUUCAGGUGAACCAGCACAAAGGAAUUAGUCGAUAUAGAGGCUUUUUAGCCAACGGGAUCUUGUCAAAAGAUGGGUCUCUUUCAGACCGUCGGAUUGUGUUUAGCAGUCCUGAUUGCAGCCUAUCCUUGACACCGGGGUUUGGAAAAGAUAGGUUUUCAGCCACCUCAUCUUAUCAUUGGAACACUGAAACAGGGGAAAUUAUGUCUUGGUUACCUGAAAGAGCACAGCUUAACACACCAGGCAUAUCAUGGGCUUCUGAUAACCAAUCCAGUCGGGAGUGGUUAGAAAUUGACCUAGGAGAUAAAAGAAGAAUUACUGGUAUUGUGACCACAGGAUCCACAUUACCAAACUUUAACUAUUAUGUGAAAUCUUAUAUCAUCAGCUUUAGAAGGGAUGGAUCUAAAUGGAAGCUUUAUAAGGGAGCUGUCAGCAAUGAGGAAAAGAGAUUGGAUGGUAACUUAAAUUAUCUGGAGAGAGCACGCAACAAUUUUAUUCCUCCUAUAGUGGCUCGGUAUCUGAGAAUCACACCCCAAACCUGGAACGAAAGAAUUGCUUUGAAGGUGGAGCUUGUAGGAUGCCAUUUAGCACCGACACAUAAUUCAUCCACUCAUCCUAUGUGGAAGAAGACAAGUGACCUUAGCAAGAAACCACCAGUGACUGAAGAAAAGGCCAUCACUGAGCUUGUUCCUGCUGAAGAAUCAAACCUGGGAUGGAAAAUCUUUGCUAUUAUUGUCCCUAUUGCACUAGCAGCAUGCGUGCUUAUUGCUGGAGUCUGUUUUUGUGCAACAAGAAGCAGAAAGUUAAAGACUGAAGCCUACAAGUCCCCUGAGGAAAAGAAUGGGGGUUGCUGGAAACCUCUCGACCAACCGAUUGUACGACAGCAGUCCACAGAAUUUAUCAUUAGUUACAAUAAUGACCAGGACCCACCACAGAAGUUUGAUCUAGUGAAAUGCGACAUGGAAGACUAUCAGCAGCCUGCCAUGAUCGGUACUGGCUUGGUCACACGAAAAGGUUCCACAUUCAAACCAAUGGACACAGACACCAACGAAACCUCAGGAACUCAGGAAAUUGAAAACCACUAUGAUUGCCCACAUAGGAACAGACAUCAGUAUGCCCUUCCCCUCACCAUUUCCAAGCCAGAAUAUGCCACCCCCAUUAUAGAACGUCACUUGAUUAGGGGAAACACUUUUACUUCUGAGUCUGGAUAUAAUGUACCGGUAAUAUCGUUAGACCGCCAGAACUCCUUCUCUGCUGUUAGUUUUUCAAUCUCGACUAGUCCAGAGAACAGCGGUAGGGACUACCAGACAGCUCACUGCAUCAACACAGAAGAAUGUGAUUAUGAUCGGCCCAAGGUGUAUAGCGGAUGGACUGCAAUAGGGAAUGAUGAGUACCAAAAGCCACAGAUCUGCUCCAUGGUGGCAGAUGGUUACUCUUCUCCACGGGACUGUCUUAAGCCAAUAAACCAGACUGCAAUAACUUCGCUCUUAUAACUGUAACAAAGGGAAAAACACCAAGGCACAUUCCUAACCUAUGUUACUGCACAGCUGCUGGAAGAUGUUGUUUACACUGAUGACUAUUUUUUUAUAUAUUUUAUGUUAAUGCCUGGAAAUCAUUCAAGGGGAAUGUGAUUUUAUCUCAAGGGCACAGGUUACCUUAUAUUAUGUGCAAUGUGUACAGAAAAUAUUUAAAAAGAACAUGUAUUGUUGUACAGAUAUAACUUUUUUUUGUUAGUGUUUUGUUCUUUAUUGUUACUUGAGAAAUAAUGGUGCACACACUGCUUGGAAUCUAAAAAAUAGCUUAAUGUUUUGUAUGCCAAUUGUGUAGAACAUUAAGCUCAUUAACACUGUGAAUGUGUAUAAAGCUUGGUUACCUGUAAAACAGGAUCAUAUGGAAAUAUAUUUGUCAUAAUAUAUGCUGGUUGGCAGGGUUUCAACAAUGCUAUGUUUAUUAGAAACAAUUCAUAAUAAAUGUGUUGUUCUCUCAUGA